AGCAGUGCUGCAUCACUUUACUUUGCAAAGCACUAGCACUUACCCACAAUGUGAAGGGAAAAAAAACCCACUCAUUUGGCAACUUCCCAUGCAGCUACUGACAAGUGUGGCAGAUGAGAUGAUUUUCACCCUGACAACAGGUCCUGGUGUUGCAACAAAAAACAUGGUGGAAGUGACCAGUGUUGGGGAUUUCACAACACCACUAACCACCAACAACUCAUCUGAUUGUCAGGGAGAGAACCAGCAUUUUGCUCUCACCUUCUUCCUGUGUCUGGUCUUCUUCAUCGGAUUCCUCCUAAAUAUGUUCAGCUUGUGGGUGUUCUGUUGUCGUUUUCCAUGCUGGACGUCUGGAACCAUCCUGCAGUUCCACCUGGCCCUGAGUGACGCCAUCGCCACUCCGGUGACCCCCUUGAUGGCUGUGUACUUCGCCAUGGGUAAUGACUGGCCCUUUGGCCACUUCCUCUGCCAGGUGAAGAUCGCCCUGCUGAGCUCACAUUUUUACGGCAGCACUAUAUUUCUUACUCUCAUCAGCAUCCAUCGCUACAUUACUGUGGUGCACUUCAACAAAAGCUGCCGCUUCAAGCGGAAGGCUUUUGUUCGAAAACUCUGUGCAUGUGUGUGGUGUUUGUUGGCGAUCCAGGCUCUGAUCUAUGCAGUCCUGCUCCCUCCCAGCACAGACAAAGGGAGCAGUCAAUGUCUCUCCAUCCAUCAGAGAAAUCUGACCAAUUUCUAUUUCAUCAUUAACUUCUUCCUGUUCAUCUUUGGAUUCCUGUUUCCUUUCUCUGUCUCUGCUAUCUGCUAUAGCCGCUUGGCAAACACACUGACAAACCUUAACAUCAGCACAGCCAAAGGUCUGAAAGUCAAGCUGAAAUCUCAGAGGAUGAUAGGUGUGUGCCUGCUUAUAUUCGGCAUGUGCUUCCUGCCUUUGAAUAUUGUACGAACUCUGGGAGUCGUGUUGAAGAAAUUCUAUCUGGGAGAAUGCAGUGUUCUCCAGCAGAUUGAGACGGCCUACUACACCACCUGGAUCUUAGCCGGUGUGAACAGUUGUCUGGACCCCAUGCUGUAUUGUUUUGGUUCUCAGAAAUUUCGAGAUGCAUUUCAGUCUCUCCGGGCUGGGAAGAUGGAUGUUCCAAACAGACCGAACAGGAGUGAAUCAGAAAUGACUGCAAAUCAGAGAGACAUGGAUUAACUGAAGCCCAAAGCAUAGCUUGAACCAUCUGAUCAUCUUUACAACUUGAAUUAUUAUUGCCAUUGACCUCAUGGAGACUGAAGUAAUCUGGAAAGUUAGCAAGUUGUAUUUCUUUCAUCAGUUAGUUGCACUAUUCCAGUAUUAACAAAAACUACUGGAUUGUAGUUAUGUUUAUUUUUGAUGAAUAAUUUUCCACUUGUUGGAAAUUGAAAAAUAAUGACGAUUCAAACAUAAACAUUAAAUUUAACAUAAGCUAAUGUGUGUGUGAUAAAAUAAAUUGUAAAAUGUGUUGAAAAGAAGCCUUGCAUAUGUUGUUCUGUCCUGGGGAGUGACUUAUGGGUUCCUUCUCAGGGGUUUUUUUUUAGCCAAGAGGUGGCGCUAGUGAGUCAACGCCAUCACCAGCCACCUUCCUUCACUAGAGACUAAGGAAGCAGAAAAAAAUGGAAGCAGUACAGUUUCUGCGCGAUCAAACGAAUGAAGCCUUGUGGCAGAUGGAUAGAGAACCUGGAUGUGUUGAACCAGAGACACGGGAAGCCUGGAUUUGAUGAGGACAGUGAAGCUACAAGAGAUCAAAUAGAUAAUAAUCCAUGUGUGGUACUGAGAAAUGCAACAUCAAAUCAGGUUUUUCGUUUGUUUAGUUUUUAAAGUUCAGUUUCUGCUGCUUACUCUGCCAAAUUUCUCCACAUAUUUGUUUUUUAAAUUAUUAUUCUUCAUUAAGAUGCUAUAAUUGCUUAAAUUAGUCAUUUAAGAAUCUCAAUAUAGAACUUGGCAUAUUUCUAAGCUUAUCCUAAUAGUUGUAUUUCUUAACUUGGGAUUUCAGUGUUAAAGUAAAAAUACUUGAAGUAUUUGUUGACUUGGGGGACAAUGACUUGAUCCCACCUUGCAAAAAGAAAAAGAGGUAAUUAUAAGGGUAUGACGUCUAGUCCUGGAGACAAAAGUUGCCAUUUUUUUCACUUUUUAACAGAAUUUUUAAUGCAAAUUAACAUUUAUUUAAGUAAAUACAACAACAUUUCUGUAUUGCUCUAAUUUAUUUAGAUGCACCUGUUUCACUUCGCAUCACCGGGCUGCGCCACUGGGAGCUGAACUUAGUCUAUUGAUCAUAACAUUCUUCUUAAUAAGAUGAGGCUUUUUUCUCAAAUGAAAUCAAAGAGUAUUUGAUCGAUUUUAGUGCAAAGGCUGUUUGAGACAUUAAGGGCUGAACUGGCAUAGACAAGAUGAGAAAGACCUUCAGUUUUGGCCAGCAGGACUUGAUGGUCAGUGAUGGUCAGGUCUCUCUGUAACCAUAGAUUAAAUAUUUGUUGGCAGGAGGGUAUAAUUGGAUCAAAGUUUUUGUUAAUUCUUGCUGUUUGCUCUUUAACUAUAGUUUCCCCAAGAUAUUUAACUUCAGACUUCACAUGAAUUCCUGACUGAGAUAAUCCAUUACAACUAUUGAUUGAAAGAAGUUCACAUAAGGGAUUAAAGUUCACAUUAGAUAAGUUAAGUUUAAAACCAGAGGCUACAGAAAAUGUAUUUAAAAGUUUAAGUGCAACAUCAAUUUGAAUCCUAUCUUGUAAGAAUAAAGUUGUGUCAUCAGCUAGUUGACUCAAGAGUUUUUCCUGCAACUGGACUGCCUUUGAAAUCACUAUUUUUAAUAAAAGUA